AUGCCCGAGUGCAACUUCUUCGUGCGAAACGGCUACUGCUCUCACGGUGACGAGCGCCUACCAGCACAUCGACCGAUUCGACCUCUGGAGCAAGCUGCCACCCUGCCCCCAACUACGGCCGCGCCUGCUCUAUCUUCGAAGGGGGACACUGGACACAUCUACUUUCGACCUCCUAGACUGCUGCUACAUCUCUUCAACAUCAAUCACCUUUUGGCUGUCCGACUGCUCACAUUACCGGCCCUGUCCAAACAGAAUUCCCUUGCAUACGUACGGAUCGUCAUCACCAACAUAGCCACCCAGGAUUUUCCAGCCCCUAUGGAACCUUCCGACGCCAGAUUGCAGCGGCGAGUCGAGCAGGCCAGAUUGCAGCGGCGAGUCGAGCAUGCGCUCGCAUCCCACCGGAGAUUUCAACGAUCGACUCGAGCCGAGCAGAUCACAGCCCUCAUGGACAUAGACUACCACUCAAGGCUCUCUGACAUAUACGACGAAGAGGCGUCGAGGGAUCUUGCAACGAAGAUGCGGCGCCUGGUUCUGCUGCAUCAGGCGACGUUCGAAAUACUUCGCGACACAGAGCGAUUACUCUACAUCGACCAUCUCUACCAAUAUCAGUUGUCGCCACACACCCCAACAAAUUCGCCCCUGUCCCGCCGUCAAAUCGCGCAGAAGUUGGCUUGCAUGCUGCCAGGUCUCUUCGAGUUUGCUCAGGAAUGGCGCCUCGGCGUGUUAUGGGAGGAGAGGUUCGAGAGGGGCAACUGGUUCUUACUCAAAUGCAGUGAUUACGGCCGCCCGACGCGGGAAGCACCGAUGUUACUUCCGCGAGCGCCUCCUUCGAUGAAUCCAGCCAUCUCGGAACCGGCAAGCACUGAGGAAAUGAGCGCUGAGGAAAUGCUUGCAGUCCUUGAGUCUGGCCGAAGUGUGCGGGUGGCGGGUCCGUUGUUGCAAGAUGCGAUUCAGAGCCGGAAUCUGGAUGAUAGCAAAAGUUACACCAUUACCACCUCCUUGUCGGAAUUCAAGCUGAAUGCGCUGCUAUGGAACAUGCCAGACCCGCUUCUAGAUGAUGUGAAGUUCACUGUGCAGAAGCUCAACGAGUAG